AUGAGGACUCCGUCGGACCAGCGAGACAAAGCAAAAUGGUGUGAGUUCCACAAUGACCACGGUCACCGAACAUAUGAGUGCAUUGCCUUGAGACUCGAAGUAUCCAACCUAUUAAGACGUGGUCACCUGACUAACUUACUCACAGACAAAGGCAAAAGAACAUUCCAACAGGAGGUCGACAGGUCAGUCAUCCGAAGAGAAGUAACCCCGCCGAAGCCACCUACUCAUGAACGGACAGUUAACGUAAUAACUGGUGGCUCUGAGGUAAGCGGAGUCACUCAUUCAGCAGCCAAAAGACAUGCCAGGAAGACCAACUCGAUCAAAGGAGAGUCUAGCGAGACAGAGAAGAAUACCAUCAACCUACCAGCUCAAACCAUCAGUUUCUCAACAACAGAGUCAACCAGACUCCUCAACCCACAUCAUGAUGCUCUUGUCAUUGCACUUUAA